GACAGGUUGCAUCAGAAGCAGAGCUCGAAAGCCAUCUUUGCUAGCUGCUGAGAGUGAGAGAAACAGCAGAAUCUUAGGAGAUCUGCAGACUGUCUGACAGAAAACAAUGUCAGUCCCAGCUCCCACCCAAGGUGCCGGAGGUUCCACAAUUCCUGGGGCAGGAGGGCCUCCUCCCCCACCCAAUGUGACCAGUAACAGAAGAUUGCAGCAGACACAAGCUCAGGUCGAUGAGGUGGUGGACAUCAUGCGAGUAAAUGUAGACAAGGUUCUAGAAAGAGACCAAAAGCUUUCAGAGCUUGACAACCGGGCAGAUGCAUUACAAGCUGGUGCCUCACAGUUUGAAACUAGUGCAGCCAAAUUGAAGAGAAAAUACUGGUGGAAAAAUUGCAAGAUGAUGAUCAUCCUUGGGGUAGUAUGUGCAGUCAUUCUUAUUGUAAUGAUAAUUUAUUUCUGCACAUGAAAAAGCAACGAGGGGAAGGCUUGGCAUGGCUUGGUUCAUCUUUUCUGAUGUUCUCUUAUUGAACUCUGCUUUUUAAUUCCUGGUGUCUUGGGGAGUUUUGCCUGUAAUAAUCCGUAAGCAUUCAGUGUAGUGUGUUUGGUAUUAUGCUGUUUCCACAUGAAAUUGUACCAGCUAAAUACUGCCAAGUAAUUCCAUGCGUUGUCUUAUCAUUGAGUCUUAAAAUGCAUCCACAAUGAUCUUCAGAAACUAAUAUAUGAAAAGCAUCUUAAACUUUUCAGAAUCAUAAGAGAGCAGUUACGGGGAAAGUCCUUACUUUAAAAGGACAUUGUCAUGUAGUUUAGGCCCAAAAUUAAGAUUUGCAUUAAAUAGUAGGGCCCAAAUGGUCAAACCUGGGGGCCUAAAUUAGUCUUCAAAAUCCAUAUCUAAACACACAAAUAAACAUGGCCUGAUUCAUCUAGAGCACCUGCUGAUUCUGUUUUAGUCAAUGGGAGUUGCAGAUGUUUAACGAAUUUGAAUGUCAAAUUACUUGUAUUUAGGUGUCUAAAUAUGGACUCUAGAGCCUAAUUUUAGGCAUCCAGGUUUGAAAUUAUUUGGUCUAGGUUCUGUACAACAAUAAGAAUGCUUUCAUGGAUUUAAACUUUCCAUUGGGUUGUUUCCUAUACAAGCACUGUGGCAGCAUGCUAGUGUAUGAGAACCAGAUGAGAAGCAAGAAUGACACUGACAAGAAAACAAACGUCAUAAAUAACCAAAAAAACUUAGAUAGUUAAUAAGCCAAGAUGGCAGCCCUCAGAUUUAUGGUUAAUGUAUGGCAUCUGAACCCCAGUUCUGCAUACACUUAUGCCCAUGUUUAACUUCAAGCACAUGAGUAAUCUUACUGAAGUCAGGGGCUAUGCCCGUAUGCAUCAGUUUUCAGGAUUGGGGGCCUUUUCCCAUGGAAUCUCACCAAAUCAACCAUUUGAAAAUCAAUCAGUGGGAGAUUGUGGGUGAGAAUUGUGGUGGGGAGAACCUAUUAAAGGACAGUUCUUUUAUAAAGUGGUCCAUGGAAUGAAAAUGUCACAGAACUGCUGAUCUGAGGCAUUAUUAUUAGUGACACAAGUAAGGCAAUCUAUAUAAAUCUUAAACGAACAGCAUCCCCUUUUUAAAGGGGCUCUGUUGAGAUUUUUUUUUAUACUUUUUUAAAACUCACUGUUUAUAUUCUGUUUACAAUGGCCCUUGUUGAUUAUGGAAGUUUGAAACUGAAAUAGAUUUUCAUUUCAAUUUUUUUCCCAUUGUCCACACACACACACACUGGCCUGUUGUUAUAGAGUUGCUCACAAGUGGGGAGCUUCUGGCUUUGUAUUAGAAUUUUUUAAGCACUGAAUAAUUUGUUUAGAAGAGGGAGGGAAUACUAUCCAGAGAGAAUGAUAUUGGUUUUUGUUUUCAAACAAAUAUAACAAAUACAAAUAAAGAUGUGUCAAAUUUGGGGCCUAAUGAUCCUGACAGGGUCCAUGUAGAGUGAUAACUUUUCUGCAGGAUUUUGAAAGGGUAAUUGUUGGAAUAAAUACCUGAAGAAGUAUUUGUUUUUUUGUUUUUAUCUUUGGCUGCCAUAGCCAAAAUUUGUAAAUGUAUUGAUACAUCUGUAAAUAUUCUCAUUGUAAACCACCAUUAAAUAUGGUGUUAGAGAAGACCCAAAACAGACAGUUAAGCCAAUCAGUAUAUAUAGACGAAUGUGCCAUUGUAAUGGACGUAUAUACAAAUUGUACUUAAGCAGAUUUCUGAAGAGAAAAUAAUGGUUAGUUGAAAGCUCUAGUUACUUUAUUGGUUGCUGUCUAUUCAUUGCUUUAUUUUUACAUGUUCCAUAUGACAUAGAGAAAUAGCAGAUGCCCACAGCCUUAAUGAAAUGGAAAUGUCAUUUUGAAAGUUACUGAUGUAUUACCGGGCUUAAUGAUAUGUCCUGCUUACUUCAAUCCUGUGAGGGAAUAAAUGCACAAACUCCGAAAGCUCAUUGACACAGGUUAGAACGUUUGUUUACUCUAAAGUAAUUAAGGGCCUGAUCUUGUGAGGUGCUGAGUGCCAUUCCCAUUGAUUUGGCAGUCUGCAGGAUAGGGGACUUCCAGAAAAAGGCUAAGCAGUCUAAUCUAAAAACUAUUUUCUAACCAGCAAAACAAUUGUCUGUCUCUUGUAAAAAGUAACUGCCACUCUAACAUUUAGUAAUACAUUACUCCCUAUGUAAACUGAUUUAUUUCCAUGAAAUUGCUAAAAGCUUGUAUCGAUGAGGGAUAUUUGCACUAGUGUAAUUAUGUCUGUGUAGCUAUACUAGUGAAAACCCUAAUGCAGCCACACUGCCUUGGUGCAAAACGUGGCUUGCACUGGUGCAGAACAUCUACACUGAGAGUAGUUAAAUAGGGGAACCCCCCCCCCCAUUCUGUAUACACAGGCCUAAAUUACUGCUCAUUGUGAGUAAGGAUAGCAGAAUUAGCCUCUCUAGGUUCUCAACCAGGAGUACACAUACCCCUGGGGUAUGCAGAGGUCUUCCCCGGGGUAUAUCAG